GCUCUCCUACCCCCUCCCUCCGCUCUCCUCCUCCUCCUCCUCCUCGCCGCUUCUCUCCCUCUCCUUCUCCUCCUCCUGCUGCUGCUCUUUCCGCCUUUCCAGCCGCACCGGGAGCCGCGGAGCUGCGCGGAGCCGCCGAGGCGCGGAGGGGCAGAGCCCGGCGCGGCCGGCCCGCCCCGGGGCGAGGAGCGGCGCUCGGAGCCGCGCAGGGAGCGGGAGGAGCGGGAGCCCCGGCAGCCCCGGCAGCCCCGAGCGAUGGUUUCGGCAGCGCCCCGCGUCCGCCGGCGGGCGCUGCCGGGCGGCGCGCACUGAGGGCGGGCGCGGACCCCGACCCCAGCUCUCCCGUUUUAUGGAGCUGCGGGCUAGGGCCAGCCCAGCUCCCCUUUUUCCUGCUGGCGAUGCUGCUGAUCUCGUCGUGGAGAGACCCCGGGCAGCCCCGCAGAGCCUGAGCGCCGAGGCGGCAGUGGCGACGGCCCCCCUGUGCUCCCCGGCUGACUACUAUGGCCGUGUACUGCUAUGCGCUCAAUAGCUUGGUGAUGAUGAAUAGCAACAGCGAGGUGACAAGCGGCGGGAGCAAGACGCCGCCUCCUCCCGGACAAGUGCUGCCCAAGGGUCCGGAGACGCCUGGCAGCUGCCGCCCGCUGCCCGCCUUCAGCCCGGCCCCGGUGCCGCCCCGCUCCCCGCGCUGCGGCCCCGCGUUCCUCUUCCCAGCGCCCGAGGAGCCCCCAGGGCAGCCGGUCAGCCGGGGCGAGGAGGGACAGCCAGCACCGCCGCCCAUGGCACGGCAGCUCCAGCGGGAGCUGCACAACGUGCAGGUGAACCAGAAAGUGGGGCUCUUCGAGGCGCACAUCCAGGCGCACGGCUCUGCCGCCCAGCCGCCCCGCAGCCCCCGGCUGGCCCGGGCCUGUCCGGCCAGCCCCACGGCACCGCGGCCGGGACCUGGGGCUGCACCCCGGCCGCCAGCCCGCAGGGAGAGCGAGGGCCCCGAUGCUGGAGGGGUGCAGGUGUGUCCGAGCGCUGCAGAGCCCCCCAGGAGGCCGGUGGCCAUGGUGGAGCUGGCAGAGAGCAGCAGCCCGCUGGAGCAGUCAGGACCUGCUCCGCGGCAAGAGGAGGUGGUGGUGGCCAGCACAGGACUGAAGGGCCAGCGCCCGGCCAUCGGUGGGAGCAUCCCUGCCGUCAUUGUCACAGACCUGGGGGGCCCGGAGGAGGAGGCAGGCGCCGUGCCUCCUGGCAGCCUGCCCGUCCGGAAGCUCUCCUCAUCCUCAGCGUCUUCCACCGGCUUCUCCUCGUCCUGGGAGGAGUCCGAGGAGGACAUCUCCAGUGACCCCGAGCGCACCCUGGACCAGACCCCUGCCUUCCUGCAGACCCUGGACCAGCAGAAGCCCCGAGUGAGCAAGUCAUGGAGGAAGAUCAAGAAUAUGGUGCACUGGUCCCCGUUUGUGAUGUCUUUCAAGAAGAAGUACCCUUGGAUCCAGCUAGCGGGGCACGCAGGUAGCUUCAAGGCAGCAGCCAAUGGCAGGAUACUGAAAAAGCACUGUGAAUCAGAGCAGCGGUGCCUCGACCGCCUCAUGAACGAUGUCCUGAAGCCCUAUGUCCCUGCCUACCACGGAGAUGUGGUCAAGGAUGGGGAGAGAUACAACCAGAUGGAAGAUCUGUUGGCUGAGUUUGACUCCCCCUGUGUUAUGGACUGCAAAAUGGGGGUCAGGACGUACCUGGAGGAGGAGUUGAUAAAGGCCCGGAAGAAGCCCAGCCUGAGGAAGGACAUGUACCAGAAGAUGAUUGAGGUGGACCCCGACGCCCCCACUGAGGAGGAGAACGUGCUGCGGGCAGUGACCAAGCCGCGCUACAUGCAGUGGAGGGAGACCAUCAGCUCCACCGCCACGCUGGGCUUCAGGAUCGAGGGGAUAAAGAAAGAGGAUGGCACUGUGAACCGGGACUUCAAGAAGACACGGACAAAGGAACAAGUCAUGGAGGCCUUCAGCGAGUUCACCAGAGGAAACAGGAACGUUUUGAACAGUUACCUUAACCGGCUGAAGGGAAUCCGCGCUACCCUGGAGACAUCCCCGUUCUUCAAGUGCCAUGAGGUAAUUGGGAGCUCUCUCCUCUUCAUUCACGACAAGCAGGAACAAGCCAAAGUCUGGAUGAUCGACUUUGGGAAAACCACCCCGCUGCCAGAGGGACAAGUUCUCCAGCACAACGUGCCCUGGGUGGAAGGGAACAGAGAGGAUGGCUACCUCUGGGGGCUGGACAACCUCAUUCAGAUCCUGACAGAGUUGUCCCAGAGCGAAGACUUGCAUUAAAGCCGCGCAUCUGACUCUGCCACUACCCCCGAGCUGCCCCGACUGACUCUUCUGAACUGCACUACAAGACACUUUCCAGCCCUCGCCCUCCCCGUUUGAAAGCUAUACUCUCCCUAUUUAAUGUGUUUUUGUUGUGGUUGUUUUUUUAGGUUGUCUUGGUUGUUUCCCCCCCUACCCCUCCUUGUAAAUAGAGAGCUAACCUGCCAGAGCAGAAGCUGAACUUGAAACUUUGGCUUUGCAGAGUCAGUGGGAGCAGGUGGCCCAGAGCAGCCUGGUGGGGUUGCUUAGGCAAGUGCAUGCUUCGCCUCUCGUGUUUUUGUCUCUUGCUCAGCCUGAUGUUAAGGGGGCUGGCGGAGGAAGGAGCCUCUUCCUGCACCAGGAUCGUCCUGAAAACACUCAGUGACCCUGCCCAGGACCCUCUGGCAGUCAGAGAGUGUGAGUGAGGUGGGGAGAUGGUGGAGGACACUCUAGUGGGAGCCCUUUAGUUGUCUCUGCCAGCACCCUUCAGCCCAGGGAGCUGGCUGUGCCAAGUCCUUCAGAGCUGCUAGAAGGGCAGAUUUGGGGUUUCAUUUGUGUUCAAGACAUCUUGUGGAGGUUGCUUAGUCAUUUCUGAGUGGCACUGGAGGGUGAGGGUAUCCCUCCUGCUGCAGAGCCAUGUAGUCAGGCACAGCUAUUGGCCAUGGCCAGGUGCUACCCACCCGUGUCCCCCGUGCUGGGUGCCCUGGUGAGCAGAACUUUGGGCUCCUCUCUAGAGCCCCAGCUCCCCUGCUAGGAACUGCUUCCAGCCUACCUUACCUGGGGUCUCCAAUCCUCCCUAGCUGGGAAAAAUAGCUUAUAAAGGACUACUAUGAGACCUAAAGUAGCCAUCCAGGUUGAUCAGUCUUUUUUGUCACCGGCUGAGCACAUGUGUAGUGCCACCAACACUCACACCUAGCCCAGAGCGACCCUCCCACCUGGAGCAUCUCCAUAAUUUCUGUCUGCAUCGGGUGAAGGGUUACAGCAGCAGGGCAGCUCCCGUAGACACCUUCGGCAAAGCAGAGCUGGGGUCAGGCAUGCCCGUGCCUUCCCCUUUUUGCACAGAGCUGCGCUGCUCCCCAGCCCGGGGCCGUGCGCUGCUCCCAGCCCGGGGCCGUGUGCUCCCGCUCCUGCGAAAACACCCAGUUCCCUAUUUAGGGCGGAGGCUAUUUUUUAACUUCCUGGAACAUUCGAACCGAGCGGGGCAGGGCUGGUGCGCUAAAGGUCAUCCCUGGAGAGGAGGGGUCGAGUAGUGUGUGGUGCAGGAGCUCGGCAGCCUCGAAUCCCUCAGCUGCUCCAUCCAUCCCCAAACCUAUGUUUUUAUGUCUGGUGGGGGAGACCUCCCUUGCAGCAAUAAGGAGGAGGAGGAGUUGGCCACCAAGCCAUCUGCGGCCAAGCCUCUUUCCCAAGGACUGAAGUUUCCUAGGGUUUUUCUCAGUUCAUGUCUCACCAGACAGGUGUCUUUUGCUCAUCAGAUGCCAUUGUAAAUGGUUGCACUGUUUUAGCUCCUUGCCAGGCUUUCUAGAAUAGCCCAUAGUAGAAGUGCCUUAUAGACUUUGCCUCUGUUCCAUUAGUGUCAUGGAAAAGGUUGGGUUUUUUUUUUUAAGUUAUAUUUAUUUUCAUCCCAUUUUAAUUGCACAAAACACUAAAACGUAAUGCAUGGAACCUUUUUUUUUUUUUUUUUAAACUGUGUUUCUAGUUUUUAAGGCACACCUUUUCCAGCUUUGGAGAAAGGGUGUGCACAGAUACCCAUAGCUAUGUACCACUUACCGCUGUAUUUUAGCUUCGAGCUGCUCUUAUAUAUGUACCUUAUUUUUUAAGCCUGUUUAUAAACCAGAUUCCUCGCUUUGUGGCUUCAGAAGAAGCAGAUUGUUGCUCUCAGAUGUCUUAUGCUUUCCUGGAGGCUGGAAGGGUUGCUGUGAGGGGUUUUCCCUACUCCCACCAUGCCUCUCGGUCAUUGGGUAAUACAGAAAAAAAAAUCCAAACCGGUCUGGAACACCAACGCACAGUGCCUGUAAAGUCCUGUAGCAUUGCAAAUAAAGGCAUAUGGGAAGCAGUC